GAGAGAGAAUACGUCAAAUCCCAAACAGGUCCAUCAAUUGACCUCGAUCGAUGGCAAUGGAGGCAGACUGCGCUCCACGAUCCAUUCCCAGCUUCUCUCCUCCUCCUCCUCCUCCUCCCACCUUUUAGCAAAUUCUUUUCUAUUUUUUCUACGGUUUCUGCCAAUCUCCGAUCGUUUUUAAUUCGCAUUUACGUAUAGCCACAUGACCAUUCCCUACAUUCUAUGUUUGCGGAUCGGUUUGCCUCUUUAGUUCGUCGACGCCUGAUUCUCCGCUCCAAACUUUCCUUAUUUGGAUUCCAUUUCCUUGAUUACGACCUGUAUAAAUUGCCACACUCCGCAAAUCGUGGUUUGUUUUAUGGGCGUUUUGUGAUUUCGUUGGUGGUGAGUGAGAAUCUUUGCGCUUGAGGUGUUUGUUCGUUGAUGUCUUUGGGUGUUGGGGUUGCUUCGAGCUCCAAAGGCAUGGGAGGUGGCGAAGAGGGGAAGAAGAUUGGGGGAAAUGAAUCAGAGAACGAGUCCGAAACUGGAGGGGUUAUUAGCAGGAAUAUGAGCGAGAGUUCUCUGGGUGCCACUGAGGAUGAGGAUGACGUUGAAUCCAAGAUUCAGUUGGGUCCUCAGGUCACUCUCAAGGAGUUGUCUGAGAAGGAUAAGGAUGACGAGAGUUUGAGGAAAUGGAAGGAACAGCUUCUUGGGAGCGUGGAUAUGGAGUCGGUUGGAGAGACUCUUGAUCCAGAAGUGGUGAUCCUGGACCUUGCUAUCAAAUCCCCCGGCAGGGAUGACAUCUCUCUUCCGAUUCCAAAGGACGGAAAUGUUCCAAACCCAUGGUUUACAUUGAAAGAGGGAAGCAAGUACAGUCUUAAUUUUACUUUCAGGGUCAGCAAUAACAUUGUAUCGGGGCUCAAAUACAAGAACACUGUUUGGAAAACUGGCCUUAAAGUUGACAGCACAAAAGAGAUGCUCGGAACUUUUAGCCCUCAGCCAGAGCCUUACUCCCAUGAGAUGCCUGAAGAUACUACCCCUUCCGGCAUGUUCGCUAGAGGGUCUUAUUCUGCAAAAACUCAGUUCCUUGACGAUGACAAAAGAUGCUACUUGGAGCUGAACUACUUUUUCGAGAUCAAGAAAGACUGGUAGCCUUCCUGCUCGACACAAUAUUUAUUUACCCUUUGCUCGAGAAUACAUUUUGAUUUCAGUUCCGAUUACUUAAUGUUAAUCGAUUGUAAUUGAUGAGACGAUAGAAGUAGAAUCAAUCAACAAGGCUUCGAUGUCCCGGCACAGAGGGGUGUUCUGUGUUAUUUUUAUUUUAAUUUAUUUUUAUGAUUAUUAUUCUUCUUCAGAUUUACUACUUACUUUGUAAAAGUAGAAGAGGAUGCUGAGAAUUAUGUAAUUGGCAUUGCUACUGCAUAUCAUCAUGGCUUUCAUCCUGUCCGUA